UUAUACAUUCACACACAACUCCUGCAUUGCUACAGUUAUAACAGCUUCCUGUCUCAACCCCCGCUGUUGCUGGGCAGGGAGCGACUUCUACUAUCUUUCUUUAACACCUGGCGCCGGCCUCCCUGGGAAUUUUUAUACAGUCAGCAGAUAACAUAGUUAAGCAGGCUACACCAGGUCAUAUUGACCCAUACGUCCUUCACCUAAGAAAAAAAGGCUAUCCAAAAUUCUACAGUGAAUUUCUAACCCAAUAAAACGUAAUGUGAGAAUAAACUAGAAAUGAUCUAAAACAGUGUUUUAAUUCCCAACGAUUACUUGUGCCAGCACUAGACCUGUUAAACAUUUUUGUUUAUAAGCAUAUUAGGUACCCUUAAAUAAAUUAAAUAAAUUAUAAAUGCAUAACAAAUACUUAAAGUGGAGUAGUGUACUUGAAACUGAAAUUAAAAACUUCUGCUUAGUAAAAUAUCUCCUUCCCACUCUGCUAAUCUCUUUGCCAACUUUUUCAGGAAGCCACCACAGUGAGAAUGAGGUCAACCCAUCCGAUGACCUGGACUUCAGACACCACAACUACAAGGAGAUGAGACAGAUGAUGAAGGUAAUAAAUGAGGAAUGUCCCAACAUCACCAGGAUCUACAACAUUGGAAAAAGCUCCCAGGGCCUAAAAAUGUAUGCCAUGGAAAUCUCCGAUAACCCCGGGGAGCAUGAGCCUGGUGAACCAGAAUUUCGUUACACAGCUGGCCUCCAUGGUAACGAGGCACUUGGACGAGAGCUCCUCCUGCUGCUUAUGCAGUUUCUAUGUAAAGAAUACAAUGAUGACAACCCAAGAGUGCGUCGCCUGGUGGAUGGUGUUAGAAUACACUUGGUGCCCUCACUGAACCCGGAUGCUUACGAGCUGGCCUACGAGAUGGGAUCAGAGAUGGGAAACUGGGCCCUGGGCCACUGGACUGAAGAAGGUUAUGACAUCUUCCAGAAUUUCCCAGAUCUAAACAGCAUCUUGUGGGGAGCUGAAGACAGAGGCUGGGUGCCUCGUAUAGUGCCUAAUCAUCACAUCCCCCUUCCAGAAAACUUUUUGAAUGGCUCUCUUGCAGUUGAGACAAAAGCUGUAAUUUCCUGGAUGGAGCGCAACCCUUUUGUUCUGGGAGCUAAUUUGCAAGGAGGCGAAAAACUGGUCACAUAUCCUUUUGACAUGCAGCGCCCACCAAUUUCUCUAACUGACAACCGUCGUUGGAGAAAUAAUGCAGAAAUGAACGAGGACACCUGGGCUCGCAUUCAGCGCCAGAAUGAGGGUGCUCUGAGGGAGACUCCAGACGACGCCAUGUUUCGGUGGUUGGCAAUGUCAUAUGCCCACAGCCAUCUAACCAUGACAGAGACCUACCGAGGUUCCUGCCAUGGAGAUGAUAUCACUGGAGGACAGGGGAUCACUAACAGAGCCACCUGGAAGCCAGUGGUGGGAAGUAUGAAUGACUUCAGCUACCUGCACACAAACUGCUUCGAGCUCUCCAUCUUCUUGGGCUGUGAUAAGUUUCCCCAUGAGAGUGAAUUGCCUCUUGAGUGGGAGAACAACCGUGAGGCUUUGUUGUCCUUUAUUGAACAAGUACAUCGCGGGAUAAAGGGUAUUGUGAGGGAUAUAGAAGGAAAUCCACUUCCCAACGCGACAAUAUCUGUUGAGGGGAUACGGCAUGAUGUUAAAACUGCUGUGGGCGGGGAUUACUGGCGACUGCUAAAUCCUGGGGAGUACAAGGUAACAGCCAAAGCUGAUGGCUACACCCCUCAGACACGGCUCUGCAUGGUGGGCUAUGACUCCGGAGCAACACCCUGCAGUUUCACCUUAACCAAAUCCAACUGGGAUCGCAUCAAGAAAAUCAUGGCACUCCACGGCAAAAGACCCAUUCGACUCAUCACCAAAGCGAAUGUAGUGAAAACAACUGCAGCCAGCACUGUGGCAGCCCCCAGCAUUGAUACAGAGCUGGAAAAUCCUGCCAACACUCACGACAUUGCGCGACGUAGACGGCUGCGGCUGAUGCGUAUACGGAGGCUGCGUUUGCAGAGGUUACAAGCCAGCCUUAGAACCACCCCUGCGACUACAAUGACAACAACCACCACCACAGCAUCCACUACUCUACCACCUGAAACCAAGAGAACAACCUCAUGGUAUGACUCUUGGUUUCCUGUGGAUGAAUGGUCCACUGAAAACCCAUUCGAUAGUGUUGUCUUUGACUCAGUGCCCACACAGGACUAUCCUUUUGAAUACACUAUAGACUGAUUACUGCACAUACAAACCCAGAUCUAUCUUAUAGAAAGUCCUUACUAACCAAAUCUGCUGCAAGAUCACAGCUUUAAAACAAAACAAAACAAAAAAAAAAAAAACCCCACAAAAAACAUCUUUAAUGAUUUAGCUUGGACAAAAUAAGA